CCCAAUCUUCUGCUGGAUCACUGCUACAGUUCUUGAGCACAUGUUGACUACAGAGCAGAGAGGAGAGCUGCCCAAGACCCUGACUGACAUGUACUCACACUUUGUGAUGGUUCAGACAAAGAGGAAGAAGAACAAAUACCAUGAGGGACAUGAGACAAGUCCACAGGAGCUGUUGGAGGCUGACAGGGAAGUUCUUCUGAAGCUGGGCAGGCUGGCGUUUGAACAUCUGGAGGAAGGAAACAUCAUGUUCUACCAAGAAGACCUGGAGCGCUGUGGUCUGGAUGUGACAGAGGCCUCAGUGUACUCAGGAGUUUGUACAGAGAUCUUCAAAAACGAGAGUGUAAUCUUCCAGAACUCAGUCUGCUGCUUUGUUCAUCUGAGCGUUCAGGAGUUUCUGGCUGCAGUCUACAUGUUCCACUGUUACACCAACAAGAAGACAGAAGUGGUGGAGAACUUCCUGAGGAACAAAUACCAAGAGAAGAAAUCAAACUUGUCUUUUCUUAAGAAUAUUCCUCAACAUUUUGGAAAGGAGCCCAGCUGUGUCUCAUCUCUGCGUGAGUUUCUAUAUGGAGUCAUGAGGAAAUCCCUGCUCAGUAAAAAUGGUCACCUGGACCUGUUUGUUCGCUUUCUUCAUGGCCUCUCUCUGGAGUCCAACCAGAGACUCUUAGGAGGUCUGCUGGGUCAGACAGAGAACAGUCCAGAAAUCAUCCAGAGAGCCAUCAGCAGGCUGAAGGAGAUGAAUACUGGUGAAAUCUCUCCUGACAGAAGCAUCAACAUCUUCCACUGUCUGAUGGAGAUGAACGACCUCUCAGUUCAUCAGGAGAUCCAAGAGUUCCUGAAGUCAAAGAACAGAUCAAAGAAGGAACUCUCUGAGAUCCACUGCUCAGCUCUGGCCUACAUGCUGCAGAUGUCAGAGGAGGUUCUGGAUGAGUUGGACCUGAAUCAGUACAGAACAUCAAAGAAGGGACGAUGGAGACUGAUCCCAGCUGUGAGGAACUGCAGAAAGGCUCGACUUACUGGAUGUGGACUCUCAGAGACUCACUGUGAAGUUGUGUCCUCAGCUCUGAAGUCAAACCCCUCCUAUCUGACAUAUCUGGACCUGAGUGACAAUGACCUAAAGGAUUCAGGAGUGAAGCAUCUGUCUGCUGGACUGAAAACUGUAGACUGGAAACUCUAA